GGAGGGACGAAAAGGAUUUGUGUUCAUUUUUGUGUAAGUCAUGCUUGAGUGAAGAAUUUUCUUCGGGUGUCAUGAGGGAGGUGUGAUGACUCUUGAUGUAAGCCUUCUCUUCCGGUGGACGUGGAGGUUAUUUUGGGUCGGGCUGGUUUGGUGUUAGAAGAGAUUAUGACUCAAUGACGAUAUUGCCUCCGAGGUUUAGGGAGGGUUUGGUCGGUUGGUUUUGCUGGAGACGGAGAUGUCAGCUUAGUGAGGUCGUUUGAUUGGGAAUUUUGGCGAGGCUGGUUUCUUCAUUUCGAGGUGAGGUCUGAAGGCUUUGACAGUGGAACCGUAGUAAUCAAAGGUAGGUAGUGCUCGCUCUGCUGGACUUUCGAGUUGUCGGGUAUCAGAGUACCGUGACUACAAAACUCAUCUCCUAUCUUCCUCUCGCGGCGUAGAGGCAGGUUAUGCUGCCGGAGUGAAACUAUUGUUGCUAGAUGAAUUUAGAUCUUGAUGAGUAGUGACGCUGUCCCCAAAACCAAUCACGUUAGGAACCAUAGGGAAAUGUGUCCCCCUGACAAAAGAGAACACUACCAGACGAUAUUCUGGGCGUAAUACUGGGGUAAGAGACUAGGAAUUAAAGACAUAAAUGAACCUCGCAGAAGCUCAAGGAAUGAAAAUCAGGCAAUGUGAACUCUCGUGACGAGAGUCGCGGGUUCCACUCAAAAUAAUACUCACCAUGUUGCUUCGCCUAGGAUUUACAUAUAUACCACAAACUCAUCGAUACUCAAUUCCAAUUGCCCAGGCCCCUGAUAUGUCAUCUCCUGCCAGUCACAUAUUCCGCGAAGAAUACCCCAUAGCUAAGGGGGGAAACAUGUAAGGACCACAUAGAGUGAAUCAUGUACCAAGACUUUGAAUCAAUGCUCUAGAAGCGACUUAAGGGGGGUGGCAACCUCACAGUUGGUAGCACAACAGAAGACGAAAAAAGUCUUCCCACAUCUUAUGGUUGCCGUCUAGGACACGGUAAAAACUUACAAAGAGAGAGUUUUUAAAUGUUACCGUCGCGAAUUGAGCUCUCAGUACCGAAAAUCACCUAAACUACUACUGAAACAGCUUAAUUGGUCGGCUCUGAUUCCAACCUGUAGGACUCGUGUCUGAUGUGUGCUUUGACGGACGCAUCAGAGUGAGGAAAGAAUGGUCUGGGGUUGAGAAUCGUGAUCAACCCACUCAGGAUUCCUUACGUGGUUUUGUACAUGGCGGGGGUGUCAAUUUUGUGUGACUAGCAGAGCAAGCACGUCCAGCUUCAUAUCGAAGACGAGGUGGAGAGCUCGUGAGAGGUUAACGAUAAUCUCAAAGUGCUGGUCGCGAGGAGUAAUUUCUGGACUUUAACCAUGCCGCGAUAUGGUGUUGCAUACUGUUCGAUCCUUGCCUGGACACUCUUUGCUCUCGCACGCGUAACGUACGCGUGGCAGCAGUUAGUAGUGGAAGACUGUAAUGAUAAGCCAGCUCCAAGACAUGACACCUCCUUUAGAAGCCGGUUGCGACAGCAUUUCUAUGGCAGGGGCGUCUACGCUACGAGAAGUAGACAUAGAUGUCGCGGGUUCGUAACCAUCGAACGACUUUGGGACACGCUGAGCCGUUUUGCAUUAAGUGUUGCAACAAUAAUUGCCCUAAAGGAUAUUUGAUAGCCUUUACGCAAGGAAAGCGUUGUAAGGAGGGAGUAGGACCAGAAGCUACUAGCUUCCUCAGCUUUCCUUGGACUUACGACAUCUAAACACUCUCUUUCUAUCAAGGGGCUGACCAAGAGAGGAUAUAAAAAGCCCACCCCCCUUACCUUUUACCUGGUUCUCUUUCACCACUAGUG